AUGGAUACUCUUCUCACGGCCGAGAUUGUGGCCAACUCUCCUCAAUUUCGGCGCAAGUCCUCCACCUUUGUCGAUGCAAUCCAUGACUUGCCGGAGAAGGCCGAACUGGCACCAGCCCAGCUGUACAGCACAGAAUCCGGCCGACUCUUCCAUUCCGGACGCAUUGUGAUCAUCACUGUCGGUUUGCCCGCGCGCGGGAAAACGUACGUCCAUUCCCGCAACUAUGAACAUCGUCCAAGACGACUGAUCCAGGACAUUUUCGAUAGACAUAUUUCCGUAGCUCUAGCCCGGUACCUUCGAUGGCUUGGGGUCAAAACCAGAAUCUUCCACCUGGGUGACUACCGUCGUGCCACAAUCCCCUUUGGCGAGGAUAUGCCUGAUGACUACUUUUUCGUCAACGCGACUGCAUCAUCCGUUCUUCUGCGCCAGAAGAUUGUGAGAAAAUGUCGAGAAGACAUCUAUCACUUUUUGAAUAAUGAAAAGGGGCAAAUUGCCAUUUAUGAUGCCGUGAAUCCGUUGGCCUCCGGGCGGCGCUCACUAGCGAAGGAAUUUGCAAAGCAUGACAUCGAGACAUUAUUCAUCGAGUCUUGGUGCGACGAUGAACGCAUUAUCGAGGAAAACGUUCGCAGGGUGAAGAUAUCUUCUCCUGACUAUGUUGGAUGGAACUCUGAGGAUGCUAUCAAGCACUAUCUGGCACGCAUCUCCUCUCGAAUCCCCCAGUUUCAGACCAUGGAAGAAAAGGAUUUGAAUUACAUCAAGAUGAUGAACGCAGGCGAGCGAUUGAUCGUGAACAACUGCAGCUUUGGGUAUUUGUCCAACCGCAUCGUGUUCUAUCUUUUGAACCUCCACAUCAAGUCACGACGGACUUACUUUGCGCGGGCUGGUGUGUCAGUAGAGGCAGACUCUUAUAAGGCAGAUGUUUCUUUGUCCGAACAGGGAGAAGACUACGCCAAGAAAAUGACCGAAUGCCUACUCGCUCACAGAGAAUUGGAGAAGCAGGCACUGCUCGAUCGAGGCGAACCAGAGCCUGAGUUGAGACCAUUGAAGGUCUGGACAUCUACAAGACGCAGAACGGUCGAGACAGCACAGUACCUCUAUGAGAAUGGCUACAAAGUCCAGCAAAGGUCUCAGAUGAGUCAACUAAAACCGGGAGUCUGCGAGAAAAUGUCCGAGAAGCGGAUCCGACAGGAAUACCCGGAUGAGGUUGCCAAACAUGAACUGGACCCUUACCACCACCGGUAUCCUCGUGCAGAAUCAUAUCAUGAUCUCGCCGUUCGUCUGGAGCCCAUCAUCCUGGAGCUGGAGAGGGAGCAGAAUGACUUACUUAUCAUUGCACACGAAAGCGUACUGAGAGUUUUGUACGGCUACUUGAUGGCCUGCAACGCGGCAGACAUUCCAUUCUUAGAAUUCCCCCGGGACGAGAUCAUUGAGAUCAUUCCGGAAAGCUAUCAGAACGAGGCGCAGAGGAUCCACAUUCCCGAUCUGCCUGAAAGUAUAGUGCCAGACUCCCCCGAGGACUUGAAGAUUCCGGUACCCCCAAGCGGAAUGAUAUCGCCUAUUCAAGGACUGGGCAGCCCGCCGUCCGGCCUUGCAACUCCGGCGAGUGGACUCCGAACCCCCAGUGGACUUCGCACACCUCGUGAGCUCACACAGCAGCACGUCGAAGAUGUCGUCUAG